CUCAGCUCUACAAGGUAGUCACAUAACUUGUGCUACUGCUGUGUUAAUCCCCCUCAUUAAGGCCGCUCUUUACCUAACCGCUAGUAAGACUGUUGCCGUCCACUUGAUGCUACUUGACUCCUGCUUUUGCUUGAUCUCUUGUAGUUAGUCCUCAUCAAUGCGCCGGCUCCGAACGGGGCUCGUUGUCGCCCUCACAGCCGUUGGUGCCAUUCCAUUUUUCCUGCCGGAACGCACAAAGAUGGGUCUGCUUGAGGUGGCGCGUGCGCCAGUUCUGAACGACGUUUCCACAGACCUGGAUGACCCGCCUGCCUUCCUGGUGGCCAAGCAUGGCCCCCUGCCGGAUGCCUGGAAGCCGCGCAUCCGGGCCGCAUACCCCGACCUGCAACCGCUGCGGGUGCGGGCACCGCCAGCCAGCGGCAGCAGCGGCGGCAACAUCCCCGCCCUGGAUGCCGUACUGGAGGCCGUUACCGUCACCGCACAGGGCAUGCCGCGCUGGGAGGUGGUCGCCACGCAGCCGGCAGCCCAGGCCGGCUCCGAAACCACCACCACCACCGCAACGGUUGAGGCGGUUGCAACCACCCGACUGAUGCGCUUCCGGGACGACGUGUGCAUGCGUGUACGGCAGGAGGAGGAGGAGAAGGGGCAGGGGCAGGGGCGGGGGCAGGAGGGGUAUGUGUUUCGUGUGGACAUGCGCAGUAAGAGCCGGGUGGGCAAGGGCGACCUGGGGGCCAACGCGGGCCGCAUCCGGGAGUACCUGGGGGCGCUGCGGAGGGAGCUGGAGGGUCGGGGCAUGCAGGUGGUGGCAUGAGGGCCGGAGGGAAACACGAUAGAUUGGAGGGGGAUUGCGAGGAACAACUACCUCUUCAUGAGGUUUUGGGGAUGGAGGAGUGGAUUUGGGUUGCACCGGUGUGAUAAAACAUCUGGCCGCGUGUGCAUGUGUGGUUUCGGUGCACCAGCCAUGCGGGUUGCAAGUCUUGCCACAUUGCAGCAUGGUGGGCGGGGGCUACCAAUGUUGUGAAGCGGAGGAUUUUGCGUGAGGAGACAGCAUGGUUGUGAAAGGUUUGCUAGCGGCAUGUUGCUGAAAAGGAUGCAUGCAGGCGUUGUAGGUGGCAUGCCCGGGCCCCCAGCUGUGCUGCAGAUCCAUUAUCCGCAUGCACACAGCAUGCCACGUGCAUGGUUGCACAGAGCGUUGAAUUAAUCGGCCGUGGAGACUGAUAGACUGUUGGAGGCGGCACGGUUGAUGGGUUGUCCUGUUGCUGUUAUGGUUUUAUGGUGUCAGGAUUUUGUUUGGAUGGGUCCAUGUGUAAAGGGAGCAUUGGUUGCAGAGUUGCUUAGAUGGCAGGUUUGGGAAACGGGCUGCUGUCUAUGGUAAGCGGGGUGAUGUCGUACCAGAUGGAACAAGGGUUGACGUUGCUGAGUAACACGCUAUUGUUGAAAUCACAUUGAGAGCCGUUGAGGAAGCGCUCCUUACGCAGGCCUUUCUUCCCGGUGUGGAAUGUUACAACGCCCAUACGCAAGCUUGGGCCAUUGCUGUGGUAAACCGCAUCCUAACGUAGGCCUUUUAUAGACGUUAUACUGUUUCAUACGCUAUGACGAUCCACGCUGGGUCCAGCGGGGGCACGGGCAUUUUCGGGACGAUGAUCUACCCGGGCCGGGGUGUACGGGAAGUUGUGUCGCCUAGGGUGUCGCUCUGGUAUGUAUGACCUCAAGUGCCUUUAGUGCCGAUGAGCUUGUAGUCCAGCCGUGUGGAACACAUCAAGUAAAAACUAGACGAUGACCUAAGUUCAAUCACAAACGGCAAGCUUUGGCACAUCGCCCUGACUAAGGCCUCUUUGUCGUGAUUUGCCUAUACUUAGACGCGACUUGUAAAGAAUGAAACUGCAACGAAAUAGCUGUUUCUUCGUAUUGACCUCCGCGCCGAUUCCAUGAGUACCAGCUUAGUUAGACGCACGAUCACGCCAGUAAUUUAUCUUUUGUAAUCAAGUAGGCACACCUGUACGCCGUUGUAGGGUUAGUCUUCUUGUUGGAGGUCAAGGGCGCGACGGCCCUGUAACCGUUGGCCAGGCUUCCGGAUGUUGGCCAAGGACAGGCGGCGGCCCCCUCUUAUAUUAUUUUCGGCGUAUGUAGUCUUGCAACUGUGCGCAUCGGUCAGCAGUAGCGAUGCCGACGAUCUCAGCUCGCUACCCCACGUCGACUCCUGCAACUACUGCUUCGAAUGCCUGCCCUCACCAUCUGGCCAUCACCACCGUAACCUCCAACAGUCCACCACCUCCUCCUCCUUAGCCACUCACCAACACACCACUACAACCACCCACAACACCUACGCCCGCGGCCGCGGCCGCGGCCACACCCGCGGCUCCGGCGCCCUAGGCGCCCGCAUCCGCAAAGGAGGCGGCGCAGCUGCCCUCUCCACCUCCACCUCCGCCCCAGUCAUUACCGACCCGGUAUGGGCCAACGAACCCGACGGCGCCUACCUCGCCUCCGCCGCCUCCUCCGGCAUCCCUGGAGCCCUAGCCAACCCACAUGCCGUACAACCCGUCCUCAUCGCGCCCGGCGACCACGAGUCCAAGCAGCUGCUGCCCAACUGCAGCCGCUGUGUGGGGUGCAGCAGUGAGCUGCAGGACAUGCAUGCGGCCCCGGUGGAGGCGGAGGGGCUGGGCGGGCUGGCGUUCAUGCACGGCAAGGGCGCUACCAAUGGCUGGCUGUUCUUCGGGCGGGUGGCGGGCAGCAGCAAGAGGUACAUCGUAAAGGUGUACUGCAUGCCCUACUCCAAGGCUCACGGCCGCCCCCAGGGCUGCGCUGCCGGGGUGUACACGGAGCGGCUGCGGCUGAUGAUGGCGCAGGUGCGGCUGGCGGACGAGUGCGGCGCCGUGGGCAGCACACCCAGGGUGUGGGUAGCCCCCGUGAACGCCAUCGUGCCCAACGGCACCUACCGCGGCUACCACAUCCGCUGGCACGGGCUGUGGAUGGAGGAGGCGCCCGGCAUCACACUGCAUGCACUGCACACCGCAGAGGCCGGUGCGGGACACAUGUUCCAGCUGCUGACACAGAAGAUCAACAAGACGCAGGUUGUCCAGCAGACGGUUCUGGACCUGCUUACCGCGCAGUGCGACCGGCACAGCGAGAACGUGUUCAUCACCCCCGCCGGCCAGCUCACCUUCAUCGACAACGACCGCGCGCUGGGGGUGGUGACGCGGUGCGGGGGGGACUCCAUGCUGCUGCCCGGGAACAGGUACCACACGCAGCUGCGGCUGGGCUACUGGGGCAACUACCUGGACUACUACCGCUCGCAUGCGGGCAACCCCGCAUUCUGCACCGGACCCAUCGACAUGCGCGUCAUCAUUGAUUACCGCUGCUACGUCCCCGGCGGCACGCUGGGCACCUCCUACCCGCCCGGCCUUGCCGCCUGCAUGCGCGACCUGGCAGCCCACAAGGUGCCCGACAUCAUGGCGCGAUACGGCUUCACCAGCCGCAAGCCCGCGGAAAUCCUCAAGCGCCGCGCUCGGGACAUGCUGUCGCUGGGGUUCGAGGCCGCGCUGGCCUCCUCGCCGCCCCGCUCCGCGCCGCGCUACGUGUACCAGCAGCAGCCGCCCUGCUGCGGUCUGGUGCGCGACCUGGCGGGGAAGCCCAGGUGCGCCACGUGUUGGAAGCCGGUGCUGGAGGCGCAGAAGGAUGGGGUGCGGGAUAGUGUGGUGGCGGCGGCGGCGAAGGAGGUGCUGUUGGGGCCGGAUGAGUAGCGAGGGAGGGUAGUGGGAGGAGGGAGGGUUGAAGAGGGAGAAAUGUGCGGGUGCAGCAUGCUGUGAUGGAUACCGUACUGGCGGCUCUUCGUGACUAGCGAGGGAGGAGGGGUCAGAGGAGGAGGGGGCCGCGUGCGCGUGAGCUGCUUAGUGGUGUAAAAAGGAGGGAACUUAGGAGCUGUUUGACAUGUAGGCUUCAGGAUGGGGGUGCAUAUAUGGUAGCCGGUCCAUCCCGUCUGCCCUGGUGGGUGGCGUACUGGGAAUUGGGACAGGAUACAAGUGUGUGCUUGUAGGCAUGCAUGUGCGGGCGGCAAACGUGCGUGCCGUGAACGAAUGUGCUACACGACCAUACGAGGAAUGACUACAGGAAAGACUGUUGAGAGGAAGAGAGUACGACAUUAAAAGGCUGGAUUCAGCAGCCCUAAGGGCAGGGCGGGUGAAGGCAUGGGUAAGCGGAGGGACAAGAGAAGAUGGGCUCUUCCAAAUGACUCCUUCUGAGUCAAAUGGCUGAGGACUUUCCUUCCCUUGCAGCUUCUUGGAGGCAUAACCAUGCUGGGGAAGCAGCGUGUGGUGUACUGUGAGGCUGCGGCGGGACGUGACACGAUGUGACUGUCAAGCUUGAGGACCGAUGUGCCAUGUCCUGGCUGAUACCGGUGUCAGGGAAGCAGCUCUGCAGUUGUAUGUGUUGUUUGGGCUUCUGCAGUGGAGAUCUGCAUGAUGCAUGCAGCGGCGUUCACAGCACACCCGCUUCUACAUUGUGUUUCCGGAAUCUGGGUUACACGAG